GAAGAGAGUUGGAGUGUAUAAAUAGGGGUGGUCUGCAUUUUGAAAAUUCCCGCAAAUAUCUGCAACAGACAAACGUCCAGCGCAGCAUCCACCACGUCCCCAAACCAAAUCACGCCACUCUGCCCUUUCUCACCUCCUCUCACCUCUUCCACUCACCUUCCCAAUCCCUAUCACAAACACAAACAUACCACCGCCGCCGGCAGCCCUAGGGUUCCCGUCACAAUGCUUCCCUACGCUUCCGUUCCGGAGGUCGAGGCGGCGCUGGGGCGCAACCUCACCUUCGCCGAGACCGUCUGGUUCAACUACUCCGCCACCAAGUCCGAUUACUUCCUCUACUGCCACAACAUUCUCUUCCUCUUCCUCAUCUUCUCCCUCGUCCCCCUCCCCCUCGUCUUUCUUGAACUCAAGCGUCUCUCCUUUUUCGACUCCUACAAGAUCCAGCCCAAGGUUCGCUUGUCCCUCGACGAAAUGUUCAGAUGUUACAAGGACGUCAUGCGCAUGUUCUUCCUCGUUGUCGGUCCCCUCCAGCUCGUCUCUUAUCCUUCCAUCAAGAUGAUUGGGAUCAGGACUGGGUUGCCAUUGCCGUCGGGGUGGGAGAUCCUGGCUCAGCUGCUGGUGUACUUUCUAGUGGAGGAUUACACCAAUUACUGGAUCCACAGAUUUCUGCACAACGGUUGGGGUUACGAGAAGAUUCACCGCGUUCACCAUGAAUACGCUGCUCCCAUUGGAUUCGCGGCGCCCUAUGCCCACUGGGCUGAGAUCUUGAUCCUCGGGAUUCCCUCUUUUCUCGGUCCUGCCAUGGUUCCUGGCCACAUUAUUACCUUUUGGUUGUGGAUAGCCUUGCGCCAGAUUGAGGCCAUUGAUACGCACAGCGGGUAUGACUUUCCCUGGAGUAUCACAAAAUAUAUUCCGUUUUACGGUGGCGCUGAAUAUCAUGAUUACCAUCAUUAUGUUGGAAGACAAAGUAAUAGCAAUUUUGCUUCAGUUUUCACAUACUGUGAUUACAUCUAUGGAACUGACAAGGGAUAUAGGUAUCAGAAGAAAAUACUUCAGAAGUUGAAGGAAGAUUUGGCAUAUGGUGAGCAACAGAACGGAGGAUCAUACAAGACACAGCAGAGUAAAUCUGACUGAAAGAGACCGAAGUUUCCUCUAGGUGGUUUCAGAAUGUUUUGUUGACUCUUUGGAACCACCAAAACACCUGCAGACAUAAAUCUCGUGGUGGUAAAAUAGAUGUCUUUGGUUAGCUUUAGGUUGAAGUUUAGUAGAAUGGAGUUUUACGAUUUGUGAUUGUGUUAGAAAUCGGCCGCUGGAGGAAUUUAUUCUAUUGUCAUGUUCUGGAAUUCAAACAUUUUGGUUUUGGUUCAUGUCCUUCAGAAUGUUCCUUCGCCAAUGAGUUGUAAAUUCAGAAAUAUGAAAUAGGCUUCCUCUGACGGGAUGUAAUUGAAAAAUUAUAAUAAUGUUUGGAAGUUCGGUUUAUGAGCUUGAAGUAAAUGCCCACAUGUAGUUCAUAAA